GGGGCGCCGCGCCCCGCGGGAGGGAGCCGCCGCCGCCGCGGGGCGCGGCCCCUCCCGGGCGUCCGGCGGCCCCGGGGGUCCCGGCGCUGCCACACCGCCCGCGGCUCCUCGGAUUCCUGCGGCCGUGGAGCGCCAGCGAGCUCCCGGGAGGGGGAGUUCCGCGGGGAGGAGGCGGAGGGGGAGGAGACGGCGCGGGCAGCGUUAAAAGGAGGCAGCUGAAUGACAGCGGCCGCUCCCGCGCCCCCGCCCCGCCGAGCACCGGCCGCCCCCCGCUCGCUCGCUGCUGGCCAUGGACGGGAGAGAGGACGCCGAGUGCGACUUCCAGGCGGCGUUCAGCGAAGCCCGGCGAUGGCUGGAGGCAGUCACCAGGCAAAGCUUUGGAACCGAAGACUUUCGAGCAGCUCUAGAAAAUGGAGUCCUGUUGUGCGAUUUGAUUAACAAGAUCAAACCUGGCGUUGUUAAGAAGAUCAAUUGUCUGCCAACUCCAAUAGCUGGCUUGGAUAAUAUAAAUGUUUUUCUGAAAGCGUGUGAAAACAUUGGACUGAAAGAAGCUCAGCUUUUUCACCCAGGAGAUCUUCAGGAUUUGUCCAAUCGAGUUACAGUCAAACCGGAGGAAACCAACAGAAGAGUGAAAAAUGUUUUGAUUACGUUAUACUGGCUUGGGAGAAAAGCUCAAGGUGACCCUGAUUAUAAUGGUCCAUACCUCGAUCUUAAAGCUUUUGAGAAAUUAUUAGGGCAAGCAUUCACUAAGGCACUUGAAGAGUCCAGCCAGCUGAGCAGAAGUGGCCGAGAUAGUGGGUACGGUGAUAUUUGGUACGUUGACCGUGGAGAGCCUUUUCCAUCUUCAGCCACUCAUAAAAGAGACGAUUCCUUUGAUAGCUUGGACUCUCUUGGCUCAAGAUCCUGCACAAGCUUUUCAUCAGAUAUAACCUUGAAAGGUGGCAGUGAAGGUUGUGACAGUGACACAGACUCGGAACUGCCUUCCAAAAUGCAUGACUCCCAUAAAGAUGACAGGUCUUACCGUAGGAUUUCUGUGAUUGAACCAAAACCCACCACUGACUUCAAUCGUUUCUUACCCAACAAAAACAAGCAGACAGCAUAUGUGCCAGCACCUUUAAGGAAGAGGAGGACAGAGAAGAAUGAGGACAACAGGAGGAGCUGGGCAAGUCCUGUUUUCACUGAGUCAGAUGGAACAUUUUCAAGUAACCAGAGGAGGCAGAGGCAGUUGGAUACUAAAGAGGAAAACAAACCAAGAGUUAACAAUCCUUCACAAUUAUCUGGGUAUUUUGAUGAGGACGAGGAAGAAGUAGGCAUCCCAAACAUUGAAAAAGAUGAUCUCUAUUUUCGCAAGCUAAUAAGUUCUUCAGCUCCAAAUACAGUUGUUGCUUUUGACAAAUUUCUUCCUAAGUUUUGGACUCCAGAGGAAGAACUGCUAUGGAAAAAAAUCAAGAAAUCCUCUUUCAAACCCUGGUAUAAAGAGAUUCAAGGGUUCAGUCAGUUUUCGUUACUUCAGGCCCUGCAAAAAUACACUGACUACGUGUCUUCUGAAAUGGAGACCAGAAUUGAUCCUACAUCUGGCCCUAGGCUCAUAAAAUGUAGAAAGAAUGUUUCCUUUAUACCAGGAGGCAAGCAAGGAGAUGAGGAAAAUGGAUAUCUAUAUCCAGAUUUGGAAAACGAUGAUUUGUUCGUUCGGAAAACUGGGGCUUUCCAUGUGAAUCAAGUUGUUCUUCAAGACCCCCGGUAUUUAAAGAAAUUCUCUGAGCAGGAGCCUCCUCUAGAGGGUGAGAUAGUUCUGCAACCCAGAGAGGGGGAAACUGUGAUUCCAGAUUUGGAAAAGGAUGACAUGAUUUUUCGUAAAGUCCUCUCUCAGAAAAAAGAGGUGCCUUUAUCAGGUGCUCCUGACAAGUAUCACCCAGCACUGUUUCCAGAUCCAUGGAGUCUUCCAGAAGAGAUCCGGUCCAAAUUUCUGUGUUUACUUGAAAAAAACACGAUACCAGAAGAAAGGAAGAGCAAUGGCAGAGUGCUGUCACCAUCUUUGCACCAUAAGAAGGAUGAUAUGCUGACCCGCAAGAUUGAAUCUUGGAAAGUGGGAAGCAACGUCCAGCCAGUAAAUUUUAUCCCAGGUCCAUGCAGUGAAGAAGACUGGAAGAAAUGGGAAGCAAUCAGGGAGGCCAGCAAAGUUAGACACAAGAAACGGCAGAUGGUGGAGAGACUGUUUCAAAAGCUUUCUGAUGAGCAAGGGAGUAAAUCUUUGAAUGAUGUCAGUGCAGACGAGCUGCAGACACUGCGCAAAAUCCGUUAUGAAGAGCUGCAGAAGAUAAAAGAGCAGUUACAGGAGCAAGAUCUAAAGUGGCAAGAAGAUCUAGCAAAAUGGAAGAAUCGUAGGAAGAGUUACACUUCAGAAUUGCAAAAGAAAAAGGAAGAGAGAGAAGAAAUUGAAAGGAGAGCAUCUGAGGUGUCUGGAAGGAGUACCAAGUCACUGAAAGAAAUGCAGCAGGAGAGGGAGGAGAGAAAUCAGGACUCCUAUGAAGAGCAGAAACAGGAACCUAACUGGGCCUAUUCACUGAAUGAUGAUGUCUUCAGUGAAGAAAAAGCACCUUCCACAGCACCAAAAGAUUGGUCAGCAGCCAAAGAUUACCGUUUGGAAGAAGAUACUGCCUACAGCACGAAGGACAGCAGAAGUUUGUACGCCACACAACCACCCAAGGAGAACGUGCCGGAGAGCUCGGCUGCUCGCGAAGCUGCUGCGCCGCAGGAGAGCCUGGCGCAGGAGCAGAGCCCCGCUCCUUUGUCCACUCGCUACUCAGUGAAUGCUCAAACUGGGUCAGCUCAGGUUUCAGCUUCUCUCCCGAGAACUUACCAGAAAACUGACACCUCCAGGUUAACAUCUGUGGUUACACCAAGACCUUUUGGUGUCCACUCAAGAGGAAUCUCGUCACUUCCACGGUCGUUCACGAUGGAUGAUGCUCAGAAAUACAAUGGAGAAGUAGAAAAAGCUAAAAGAACUCAAACUUUGUUCACCAGCAUUUCCUUUUCACAACCAGACUCUGCACAUCCUCUCUCCACUGGUGCAUUCAGAAGUAGAGGUGAGGAGGGAGAGGAGGAAAAAGGUGUUCAAUCAGCACCUCCUCCUAGUUUGGCAUUACCUUUAAAGUCCCAAGACCAAGAUGCUGGAAGCAGUAUUCCUAAGCCAGGGUAUGGCAUUCAUCCUGAUUCUCUUUCACUUGCAUCUUCUGCAGAAACUGCGAGUCCGACCGAGCCUAAGGAUUCAAAAUCCAUGGAACAGUACAGUGAAAUGAGAAUCAGUAUAAACCAGAGACCUGGCCACAGUCGCAGCUUUGGGUUUACAACAAACUGGAGUUCUUCAGGAGCCAUUGUACAGACAGUUGAAGAAGGCAGCCCUGCAGCACUUUGUCAGCUGCAUGUAGAUGAUGAGAUCAUUGCUGUCAACGGCACAAAGGUUUCGCAUAUGGACUACAGUCAGUGGGAAGAGGCCAUCAGCAGAGCACUGGAAACUGGAAACCUGGUCAUGGAUGUCAGACGAUAUGGAAAGAAUGGUACAUCUGAAAAUAAAUGGAUUGAUGCAACUUCAGGAGAAAAAGUUUCAAAUGCUUCCACCGUAUCCACAAAAAGAGAUUUCUCCAGCAGCCUUCAAAGUUCUGAUACAGACACAAAAUUGAUAAAUGGAAUGCAAGGAGAUCUUGGCUCUAAUGAACAAAGAGCAUCUGAACCUAUUUCUUUGAAAAACUUAAAAAGACGGUCACAAUUUUUUGAACAAGGAGGCCCAGAGCCUGCAAUGCCUGAUCUCCCAGUCCCAUCCAUCAGUGCUCCGAGUCGUCGGGUUUGGGAUCAAGAGGAAGAGCGAAAACGACAGGAAAAAUGGCAAAAAGAGCAGGACCGUUUGUUGCAGGAGAAAUACCAACGAGAACAAGAGAAACUGAGGGAAGAAUGGCUACGAGCUAAGCAAGAAGCAGAAAAAGAGAGUUCCAAGUAUUUUAAUGAGGAGCAGACUGUUCUGACCCUAAAUACAACAUCUGUCACUUCUCAGGCUCCACCAGUGUCCAGCUGGAGGGCAAGCCCUGAAGCAAAUGCUCCUGUGGAGCCGGAACGAGAUGGAGAAAACGAGCUGGCAGGGAGCUUGCUGCAUGAGGAAGAGGGAAGGAGGAGGCUUCAGGAGGAACAGAGGAUCCAGGAGGAAGCAACCAGGCAUUUUGAGCAAGAGCGGGAACUCCAAGAGCUGGAGCUCGAGAGACAGCGUAAAGAGAGGGAGCAGCAGUACGCUGAGGAGCAGAGGCGGCAGGCAGAGCUGGAGGAGCAGAGGCGGCAGGCGGAAAGGCAGAGGGAGGUGUCAGUGGAGGUGCCUCAGUACCAAAGACAUUACGAGCGCUAUGAAGUAUCUAAAACAAUAGAGGAUCGAGCUGGCCAUCCUCUAAUUGACAGGCAUUAUGAGCAUUACGAAGUUUCUAAAACCACUGAGGAGCAACCUGGCCAGUCAUUUGCUGACAGGAAUAAGUCAAAGUCAACUACAGAAUUGAAUGAAUUCAACACAAUCAGAAAUGGUACCCAGAGCAAGUAUUCAGAGAGGUCCUGGAACUUGGGUGAGUCACAGAAGAAGUCUCAGAAGGAGCAAAACCUGUCUGCAGCGGAGUUGGAGAGACAGCAAAUCCUUCAGGAAAUGAGAAAGAAAACAUCUCUACACACGGACAGCAGCUGGAUUAGGCAGCGCAGUGCCAGUAUACAUAAGGAGCCUGUUAGUCUGUACAGCAGUAGUAUGAGGAGAGGAGAGUCUUUGGACAAUCUUGAUUCUUCAGGAAUGAGGUCAUGGAGGCACCACUCAUGGCUGAACCAGUCUGCAUCCUCGUCAUCUCUGUCUUCUAGUCAAGAUUUGAGUCGCCCCGUGUCUACUUCAAACCGAGCCUACAUGUGCACUCCUUCCUCCAGCAAAGCACCUCCCAUGGCCACCUCUGCAAGAGCCCCCUCCACAUCCCAGACAGCUCCCCGGGCUCAGUCUCCCCUCUCUGCUUCCCAGUCAGGGUCCCAGACACGCAGCAGGUCAGUCAGUGGGAAGAAAAUCUGUUCAUACUGUAAUAACAUUCUGGGCAAAGGAGCAGCCAUGAUCAUUGAGUCUCUUGGUCUUUGUUAUCAUUUACAUUGCUUUAAGUGUGUUGCCUGUGGAUGUGACCUUGGUGGAUCCCGCUCCGGAGCUGAAGUCAGGAUCCGAAACAACAAACUCUUCUGCAACGACUGCUAUAUCAGAUUUAAAACUGGACAACCAACCUGCAUGUGAAGCAAAUGAAGAUAUGAAACCACUGUUGCAGAUAGAAGAAGAGGUGAUUGCUGCUGAUGUAGAUCUAUAAAUAUACAUAUUGUGUGUAUGUGUGUUUUUUUUCUAAGAGUAACUCUUGCUUGUCUAGUCUUCAUAGCAAUACCUCGUAUUCUUCAUAUAAGUAUUUUUAUUUAUAAGAAAGUAAUUGCAGUGAGGAAAUAGCUGGGAAAAAUGCUUUCACAGUUUCAGCUUCAAGUACCAAGAGCACAAGAGAGAAUAAGUAUAUUUUCAGUAAUAACUUCAAAAUAUUUUUGAGGCUUAUAAUCAACUAGUUGACUUUCCAAUGGCAUAUGAAGAGGGUAUUUUGUUUCUAAGCUCUUGAAAUGAGCGUUAGAGAAAUAGCUAAUAUAAAUAUAUAUUUGCAAUUACUGUCUUUAUUUUUGACAUAACUGAAAGUGAAUUCUCUAGGUUAAUAUGAAGCUGCAUUUAAAUGCACACAAAUGUUUUUGCUUUCCAUAUGCUGGUUUCUAAAAUUAUGUGCUUUUUUGAAACCUAAAUACAAAGAAUAAUCUGUUUGCUCAGUGGUGUUGGCAUAAUAUUCUGUGGAAUCCAUUUAAGUGAGAGUUUUCUUUUCCCACUUGGAAAUGUAACUGUCACUCUUUCCUCUGCAAACUGAGUGGAGAGUGGUUGUUGAAUUACCAUGUAUUUGUAAAUAAAGAUCUGAUGUUGCAUUUA